AUGACCUUGGGGCCUGUGUUCAACCUCAACCUCAACAUGGACCUGCAGAGUCUCUUCACGGUCACGAAGCCGCUUGCGGAGCAGGCGAGCGAGGACACGGUGCCCCUCGACCACUUCGUCAUGCUCGGCGGGUACCACCACCUGAACAGCGUCGGUGGGUCGAAGCGGGUGGUCAACACCAUCUUCACGAACUUCGUCCUCCCUCCCUUCGUCGAUAAGGCGUUCACAAGGCUCGCCACGGGCUUGCCACGGAGGUCGCGCUCACUUCGACGCGAAGAUCGCGUCCCUGAGGGUCUCACCAUUGUCUGGAACGACAAGGCUCUGGGGAGCAUCAAGAUGCCGGACAUGGACGUGGUGGGCGGUGUCGGCGCACCGAGCUUCGAGGCUCUACCUCUCCUCCCGCUCCACCACGAUGCCUCUGCUAACGAGCUCAAGUAUUCGCGCCAUGCAGGUCGCUUCACCGCUUUCAAUGCCAACGCUAUGCGUUAUCGCCAGCUCCACGGGGACACGUUCUACCCCACUGCAGUGCUGCCGCGCGAGAUCCGCCUUGGUCUCGCCUGCUCGAGCCCCUACGUCAUCGCUCCCUUCCCCCGCUUGACUGAACGUUCAAAGGAUGACGUCCGCCAGCGGCGAUGCUCCACUAGCAUUGGGACCACGCCUACUGCCCCUGGCCCCAUUAUUUUGCCCCCGCCCAACGCUUCAAUCGAUGAGUACCAGGAGGCUCUCUACCAAGCACACAGGAAGAACGAUCAGCUUCACAAGCUUGUCGGUGCGGCAAACCUUCAAAUUCAAGACCUCCACGACAGCUCCAGCAAGUCGAAGAAGAAAAAGAAGGCCCCCGGGGUUCACGAUCUCGACGACGAUGUCAAGGCGGAUGCUUAUAGGUACGGGCUGAGGGUGACGCUCUGGCUCUUCAACGGUGUUCUCACGAGAGCUGCCAACCCGGCCACCUGCGAUCCACGCAACACCGAGUGGCGCUGGAAGACCCCUGACCCCAGUGACGAGGAUCCUCACGACCGGUCCCACCAGGCGCGUGCCGCUGAGCUUCGCGAAUUUCUCUCUCCGAACGUCCUCAAAGCCUUCCAUCGUGAGUCGAUUCGAGACAAUUUCGCCCGUCACAUUGGCAGCCUCAAGACCAAUGUGAUCACGCACAGCAAGCAGAUGCGGGCUGAGAUCUUCUCGCACAUUGACUCCCUCCGCGACGUCCAAUGGUCGUCCAGCAACUCUCUGAAGACUCAUCCGAUCUUGUCUCAUCUCCGUGGUGAUGAUCACGACGCAAUUCUCAAGACCUGUCGCAUCAUGAUGUUCUCAAAGACCGCACUCACGCGCUCGAAACCUGCAUCUAACUCUACCGGGGUCAAGUACAACAUCACACGGGCAACUAUUGGUAUGGUCGCAAUGGCGACUGUGGUCACCAGAUAUCUUCUUUCUUUCGACUCUUGCUUCUCCUCAGUCGGGCCUGACUCACACCGGGAUUACGAAGCCGACUACGAAGAAUACUUCAAGUGGAUGUACAUCAACCAAGAUACAAAGAUUGUACGGUUCAUUCUCAAGGCAUUCAACGACUUCGUGUUCAAUGGCGGCCUCCAGCACACCAUCGCGGUCGAGAACGUCGAAGUUGACCUUGCUAACGACUCCGAUGUAGUAGAUCUCGACGAUCUUCCUUCCGAUCUAGAGGACGACUUGCAUCCUAUCGGCAGCUACGGAUGCAUCUGGACGGAUCUGGCGAUCCGUGAUGCGCGCCCGUAG